AACCAGAUCGUUUUGAAAUAUAGCAAUUCUGUGCUCAGUAGUGACGAGUUUCAAUUUAUAAUUACCAUUUCCGUUUGGCGGUGUUAUUCGUUCGUUGCCGUGUGUGAUAUCCAAUUAUUAAUCCGUUGGAAACUACGAUCCUGCCCUAACACGUAAUUUAUAUUCGUUUUCCUCGAAGAGAGUUCUAUAUGAUUUUUUCCGACUACCGGGUCUGGUUCAUUACCGUCCCAGCAAGUCCAAUAAGCACUUUAGAAACCAUGCGUUGCCGUUGAGUAGAUAAGAUUUGAGUUGCCCAAGAUUGUGUAGAUUGUAUAAUUCUUAUCAAAUAGGAAAAUUUGAAUUGGCCUAUAAAUAUGAUUGAUGAGGCACUUUGCGGAAUCAAUACAAUUGUUACUCUCGUCGAUAAAUUGCUUAGUCUUCGUUAGAUAGUCAUAAUGUCUUUAACUUUGGAUCAAGUCAUUGAGAGAAUCAAGGUUCGCGUUGCCGCCGUUGAUCCUAACGGUCCUCGCAAAGUUCUCGGAGUGUUUCAACUGAACGUGAAGACUGCAAGUGGUGUAGAAGAGUAUACAAUCGAUCUAAAGCAGUUGAAUGUUGCAAAGGGACCCGCCAGCAAUGCCGACGUGACUGUUACAGUUUCGGUUGAGGAUCUGAUUGCCGUUAGUGCGAAAACUUUAACCCUUGGAGAUGCUCUGACACAAGGCAAACUUCAGGUUGUAGGUGAUGCUUCAUUGGCUACUAAGCUUGCUGAGGUUAUCUAAGUUUGAUCAAGAUGUAUGAGCAUGACAUAUGUUUAAUAAUAAUGUAAUAAUAAUACCAACAAACAAGUGA